GUAGAUUCUUCCAUCUAUCCCUCUCUCUUUUCUCUUUCUGCCUCGUAUUCUUAGUGUGUCCUAGUUAGGUUUUAAUUAAGGUUGGUAAUUUGAGAGGAGAUCUUAAUGGGGAGUAGCCAUUUUGGAGAGCUUGCUUUGGGAAAUAAUGGAAGAUCCGGGUCAUCAAGAAAAGGGAAGAAGAAUACUAGUGAGAAGCCAAAGCAGCCGCAAAGAGGUCUCGGUGUUGCUCAAUUAGAGAAGAUCAGAUUACACAAUCAGAUGGCUAGCUAUCUCCCUUCACUUAAUCACCCUCCUUUCCAUAAUAAGAUGGGUUUUGGAGACGUUGAUCAAAGAAGAGAUAUCGGAAACAGUGGAUUUCAGUCUGGUUCUACUGCCAGACAAUUCUCAAGUCACAUGGCUCAUCACUGGGGACAACAAACUAUGACGCUGCCUCUAUUAGAGCAGAAUAACGAGGAUGUGGUGCAGAAGAAGAGACGACAUGAUCGAUGUCACUCAAUGAGUUCAAUGAGCCAGAAUUCAGAUACAAGUGACACACAAGAGUUAGAUUUAGAACUGAAGUUGUCACUUUGACUAGUUGCAAGACAUGUGAUUGUCGAAUGGCUUGCUAUAUGUUGGAGAAUAAGUUGGUAAUAUUUCAAACAGGUUCUGCUAUAUGCAUGUUGUGCUCUAAUUCAACUGGUACUAUAUAUAUUGAUGUAUCAAUGGUAUACAUAUCGUUUCCAUGUCUAUGAAAAUAUGAUCAUA